CGCUUCAGCACCGCGGACAGCGCCGUCUUUCUCCGGUUUCUCCUCUGAGACCAGGCACAGCAGCUGAGGCGGAGGCAAACUUUCAGCAGGAUCCAAGACGCGGGUUAUCAGAACCAGUCCUCCCCGAUGUUUGGAUUGAUCUGAGCGGGUCCGGACGGGAAAAGGCUCCACAGAUGAAAUGAAUCCGUGAAGCCAGACCUGCCGUUUUCUGCUCCCCGGGGCUGCUGACGGACCAGAAACUACCAGCACAACCGAACCGAGCCGAGCGCGUCGCAGCGCAGAGAGGGAACCGAGAGAGAAAAAACGGGAUUGCCGAGCCUGUGAGGGGGGUGGGGGGAAUUGGACGCAACCGGAUCUGCAUGUGAGACCGCUGCUCCUCACACCGGAGGGAAGAGAUGCAGCCUGCGAGGAAGCUCCACACGCUGAUCCUCCUCAUCUUCAUGGGCUCAGAACUCACCCAAGUGUUGCCAGCAAACCCAGAGGAAUCAUGGCAGGUGUACAGUUCAGCCCAGGAUAGCGAGGGGAGGUGUGUCUGCACGGUGGUGGCACCCCAGCAGUCCAUGUGCUCACGAGACGCCCGCACCAAACAACUGAGGCAGCUCUUGGAGAAGGUCCAGAACAUGACCCAGUCCAUCCAAGUUCUGGACCAGCGCACACAGCGGGACUUGCAGUACGUUGAGAAGAUGGAGGUUCAGUUCCGUGGCCUGGAGACCAAGUUCAGGCAGGUGGAAGAGACCCACAAGCAGAACAUCGCCAAGCAAUACAAGGCCAUAAAAGCGAAAAUGGAGGAGCUUAGACCAUUGAUACCAGUGUUGGAGGAGUACAAAGCCGAUGCCAAAUUGGUAUUGCAAUUUAAGGAGGAGGUCCGAAAUGUGACGUCAGUUCUAAACGAGCUACAAGAAGAGAUGGGGGCCUAUGACUACGAGGAGCUCCACAACAGAGUGUCAAAUCUUGAGGAGAGACUCCGAGCAUGCAUGCAAAAAUUAGCGUGCGGCAAGCUGACGGGCAUCAGCGAUCCCAUCACUAUCAAGACAUCUGGAUCUAGGUUUGGCUCCUGGAUGACUGACCCGCUGGCACCUGAAGGAGAUACUCGGGUCUGGUAUAUGGAUGGUUACCACAACAAUCGCUUUGUCCGGGAGUACAAGUCUAUGCAUGACUUCAUGACGUCAGAUAACUUCACAUCCCAUCGGCUGCCCCACCCAUGGUCAGGAACAGGUCAGGUGGUCUAUAAUGGCUCCAUCUACUUCAACAAAUUUCAGAGCCACGUUAUCAUCAAGUUUGAUUUCCGCACCUCCUCCAUCAGCAAAUCCCGACAGAUUGACAAUGCUGGCUUCAGUAAUGCAUAUCACUAUGCCUGGGGAGGCCAUUCUGACAUUGAUCUAAUGGUGGAUGAAGGAGGCCUAUGGGCUGUCUAUGCCACAAACCAGAAUGCUGGUAAUAUUGUCAUCAGUAAGCUGAACCCCAACACUCUGCAGAUCAUCAAGAGCUGGACCACCAACCACCCUAAAAGAAGUGCUGGUGAGUCUUUCAUGAUCUGUGGCACGCUUUACGUCACCAAUGGCUACUCAGGUGGCACCAAAGUCUACUACGCCUACUCUACCAACUCGUCUACGUACGAGUACAUUGACAUUGCCUUCCAAAAUAAGUACUCGCAUAUCUCCAUGCUAGACUACAACCCACGGGACCGUGCCCUGUAUGCUUGGAACAAUGGACACCAGGUUCUGUAUAACGUGACGCUGUUCCACGUCAUUCGCUCACAGGAACUGUAACCAACAUAGAUUGAAUGAAUACAUGAGUUUUGUCUGCAUAAAAUGUACCAUAUCCCCAGUUUAUCUGCA